AUCAUUCGCACAUUUUUUUUUAAAUGUUUUUUACAUAUUAUAUACAGUUUAGUAUAAAUACUGUCAUUUGUGAUAUAGUAAAGAUGGCUGAUUAAUAUUCUAAUAAUGUUGACUUUUGUUUAGAGUAAUGCAUCCUAGAAAUAUUUUCAAAAAUACUGUACCCAACUUUGAAGAACUUGCGAAGGAAUUUCCUGAGUUUACGCCAUACCUUGAACGUGGAGCUUCUGGAAAAGCAUAUGUUAACUUUAAGGAUCCCGCAUCAUUGCGUGCUUUAUCACUUGUGUUGUUAAAGAAAUAUUUCCAAAUAAUAAUUACGAUUCCUCUUGAUAGGUUGAUUCCAACCAUACCCUUAAGACUAAACUAUAUUCACUGGAUAGAGGAUCUUGUAGAAUAUGAAAGGAAUGAAAAUAAGAAGAUCUUUGGUUUUGAUAUAGGUUGUGGUGCUUCAUGUGUCUACCCGUUGCUCUGUAGCAAAAUGAAUCACUGGAAAUUUUUGGCUACUGAGAUCGAUGAUCUUUCUGCAGAAUGCGCAGUCAAAAAUGUAAAAAGUAAUUUAGCUGAAGAUGAUGUGAUAGUUAUAAAAACAAGCAAAGAUGAUCCGAUGUUUACAUUAGUCCUGGAGAAGUCGCCUUUCCCACAUAUCGACUUCACAAUGUGUAAUCCGCCAUUUUUCGAAGAAAUAUAUGACGAGCAAAAACAGAAAGAUCGAACGAACCAUCGUCCGCCACCAGCUGGUAUCAGUACUGCUAGUGAUAGUGAGAGUUUCACAAGUGGUGGAGAAGUGUACUUCGUUUCUCGAAUGAUAGAUGAAAGCAUGACUGUGAAAGAAAAAAUCAGAUGGUACACAACCAUGUUGGGAAGAAAGUCGAGUUUGAAACAACUUUUAAAGUAUUUGAAAGGUCACAAUAUUCAAAAGGUUGCUACGACAGAGUUUAAACAAGGACGGACAAUGCGUUGGGGAUUGGCGUGGUCAUUUCUGCAAAAUAUUAAGGUACCUGCGAAAGAAAAGAAAGAGAAAAAAGCUAAGCCGUUUUAUAUGUCGCUGUCCGAUACGUUUUUUAAAGAGCAUGAUAUCAGCAUAGUUACUGGAUCGAUGUCGUCUAAAGAACGAGCUCUGAUACUUUGGGACGUUGUGAAAGUUUUUAGUAAGAAGAUUUCAGCACUGAAGCUAUCUUUUGAAGACCCUGAACACGUGCUUUUAAUGAACAAUGACGCGUAUGAAAUUACUGGCAGUGCUUAUGAAAACACGUGGACACGUCAAAGACAAAAGAAAAGAGAGGAUAAAAGAAAAAACGCUUAUGUGCAAGAGAAUAAACCGGUUUCUGAUGCCGUAGAAAACGUUACUGAUCCGGAUACCAUUCCGGAAAAAACUGUACAUUUACCAUGUAAACGGACGAUGGAGAAUGACGGAGAACCGAAUGCCAAAAAGCCACGGCUGUCGGGCGAUGGCACGGAUAUUAUGAGUCUUGCGUACAGUAAAAAUGAUGAAAAACUUUUUGACUUCUCCAUAACAGUUGCCACAUCUGAACAAUUUUGCUUUGGUGAAAAAAAUCGUGUUAUCGUCACCUUUUUGUGUUUGUCAGGUAACCGAGAACAAUUUCAUCAGUUAUUUUUGUAUUUUAAGAAUUGCGUGUAUGGCGUUCAAGUAAAUAUAAAAUAAUAACAUUUUUA